AGAAAAAUAUUAAGAGAUACACAAAAUCCGUUUGAUAUCCCAGAUAAUUCAUUUCUUAAACUUUAUAGAUUAUCCAAGGUAGCAACUUUACAAUUAAUAAAAGAAUUAAUAAAUUUUAUGCCAGUUCCAAAAAGAGCAACAGUAAUUCCUCAACAAUUACAAAUAUUUGUAACACUUCAUUUUCUCGCAUCUGGGUCUUAUCAAAGAAAAGUUGGACAAGAUUUCUUAUCAUGCAUGAGUCAAACAUCAAUCUCCAUCUCUAUACAUGCUACAAUAAAUGCAUUAAAUAGUAUUAUGGGACAUUGGAUUCAGUUUCCAACAACAGACAUAAGGAAACCACAAAUUAAAAACAAAUUUUUCGAAAAAACUGGAUUUCCAGGAGUGAUUGGAGCUAUUGAUGGAAGUUAUAUUGCCAUUUUUCCCCCACAAACUGAGAGAGAACACUUAUUCAUUAAUAGAAAAUUAUAUCACUCCUUGAAUAUGUGUGUAUCUUCAUACAAUAAUGAAAUAUUAGCAGUAAAUGCGAUGCAUGAAGGAAGGACGCAUGAUUCAAGAGUCUUUCGUUCUUCGCAUUUAUUCCAUCAUUUAGAAAGGCAGCAAGAAGCAGGUGCAAGAGGUUCAUGACUUAUAGGAGAUUCUGCCUAUCCGCUUGUGACCGGACCGACUUCCCAAAUAAGACGGAAAACGACUUACCGGCCAGCAGGCUGCGAAAUGUUCGCCUUCUUUGUGGUCGCCAGUAAUCCUUAUUAUCCUGUUUUCCGGGUUGAUGUCUCCAUCUGCUUAAGCUGUUCCGGUAAGGAUGUAUGUCGUCAUCACCAUUGAGACGCCACGUCGACGAGAUGAUCCCAAGAUGGCCGCUUCAACAGGUUCUGACACGUCGGUUGACGCAAUACCCUGCGGUCUCGUUAUGAACUGGGACACCUCUUUGAUAUCCCAGAGGACCUAUGGACUCGCUGGAGAGGAUUGCCGUGAAUACGAUUAACACAGAUCACUGUUCACAUACAAAUAAUUAUCCGUACACGUCACACGAUACGGUACCCGUGAUUCGUUUACACUUUAUUUGCCGUCGCGUUUGCGUUAACAAUUUUUAUCUCGUACGAUACGUACACUUUCGCGUUGCGAUUAUUAUCGGCUCGCGUGUCGGCUGGUUACUCUCAGCUUGUUACUGAGCUUCGAGAGCUCUUCGGACUCCCCUGAGUCCUAUUAGGAGUUUCCUCCUUAAGUUCUUGUUGGAAAAGAACUCCCGAGCGCUGUGGAGCCCUUCCUUUAUACCCCCGACGCGGUAGACGGCGUCCCACUACGCUAGCGUCGGCCAAUCAGGUUCUCUCCCCACCGCUUGACCAUCAGCCAAUCAGCGCAGAGCAACCUGAGCAUUGAGAUUGUCUCUUCGGCUUACCGUAUUUACGUUUUGUUUGUCGGAUACUCUGUUAAUUGAGAUAUUUUGUUCGCUAAUCUCAAUAAAAUAAAAACAACAGAAAUU